AUGUGUGUGGUAUCGCAGAGAGCAGAGUUGGGAGAUGUUUGCGUCGAGACGUUGCUGAAGGAAGAUAGUGCUACGUUUAUCAUGGAGCCGUCCCAAUUGAUGUUGCUCGCCGUCUCUGCAAACUUGUGCAGGCAGAUCCGGCGAAGUUCCUCGGAUCUGGAAGGGCAAACCAUGGAGAUGGCCUUCCAACAUGGUCUGCCCGCACAUGCGGUGUCCAGAUCAGCAAAUUCCAAAAUCAGAGCGUUUUGUGAGGCAUGCACGGAGCGGGACCUGUUCCGCAACGGCGAAGUCACCUGCAUACAGGCCUGCCAACGUGGAGAUGGCACGCGCUUCGUCGCGUAUCAACUCUUUCACAGCUGCCAGGUCCAAGGCCGUUGCCUCGUGCUGUGCGUGCAGUUGGAACUCUGUGAGGGCGAUCGUCCCGACAUGAAGAUGAACCUGGUCCAGUUUCACGAGGAGGCACGAGUACAGCUCCUCCAGGCCUUGAAAUGCCUGGGAUCUCCCCUCUCCUUGGAGCCACCCAUUUUGGACGAAAAGGACGUGGGCUUUCGCUUCUACGGGGUUCGUCUGCAAGAGCAGUCUAUGCUCCUGGAUAAGGGUCGCAGCUGCCAACGCAGAGAGUUCGACGUCCUGCCACGUGGAGCGCAGGUCUUUGGCGAUCGUCCCAUUCAGCCUGAAGCUGGAGGUCUACGCUUCGCGGUUCGCGUAGAGGCGGCCUCAAAGGCCUUUUGUGGCUUGCCCUUCUUGGGAUUCACACGGCAAGUGCCCAGUGAUUGCCCAACGUUGUAUCCAGAUGUGGCCACCAACAUGGCUCAGAGUUUGCUGGUCGGUGGGGAUGGUGGAGCUUCGGCCAGAGAUCAGCUGAGCCACUUCAAAAGCGGUUUUAGGGCGCCCCCACAGCAUGAGGUGCAGACAUUCAGUCUGCAACCCGACCUGCCUCGGAAUAAACGACAAGCGCCCGCCGAACCCAACGUCGGGGACAUCUUGGAGUGCCGCUAUACCAGUGCUGGUCUUCUGCAGAUGUUUCUCAAUGACCAGAAGCUGAUGGACUUUGAUACUGGUCGACCCCUCCAUCCCGAUGUCGCCCACUAUGCUGUCGUGGAUGUGGCCUUCGCUGCGUACCGGCUGUCUUUGGUGCCCCCGACACAACCGUUCCCGAUGGAAAGAUCAUGCAGUUCUGGCAAGUCGCCGGAAAGCACCUGCUGUGACGACGAAGAGUCCAUUGACUUGGACCCGUUGGGGACACCUGGUCCCAUCGCCGUUGGCCCACGAGAGUUUCUUCGAUGGCAGUCAAACUCCUGCGCAUGGUCGAUGACCACGAUGACCACGAUGGCCACCAAGCCUUCAAUGGAGCUCGAUGGUUCUCCAACCGGUAGUAACGGUAGGCUUCUGCAACUGGCUUGUGUCUUUGCAGUCGUUGCCGCAGGGUUGGCACUACGACCAGCAUGGCGGCGCUGA